AUGUCAGCAGAAUUAACCAAUAUCUACAACCAGCUAUAUACGAAUGCAAUUGACAAAAUACAAUCUGACCAGUAUGAGACGGAUGGUAUGAUCGAUUCACUAGAUGAUAAAAGAUUUGGUAUAACGCUGAUCAUCAAACCGAAUGAACAAAUCAAAGAAGAAAUUCAAACGUUUCUUGCUGCUUUGCGCCGAAUCGAACCCGAUCAGUACUACUAUCCCUCGUCUGAUAUUCAUAUCACUGUUCUACCAAUUAUUUCAUGUCAUAACGGGUUUCAAUUAGAUCAAAUUUCAAUUCAAGAUUAUACUGAUCUCAUCCGUGAGAACCUCUCAAUAGACGGAAAAUUAGAAAUUAAGUUUCAAGGUAUUACAGCUUCGUCCUCAUGUAUUAUGAUCCAAGGGUUUCCACAACAGAAUUCAUUUAAUGAAGUUCGUAAUAAACUCAAAUCAGCAUUUAAAGCUUCUUCGUUACAACAGGAUAUUGAUAAACGAUAUCUAAUGCAAGCAGCACAUGUCACUGCUGUUCGGUUUCGGAAACCAUUUGUCUCCAAGGAAGCAUUUCUUAAAGUACUUGAAGAUCAUAGGAAUUACAAUUUUGGAACAAUGACAGUGAACGAAAUGGAGUUAGUUUUUAACGAUUGGUAUUUGAAAGAAAAAAUUGUUCAAUCAUUAUCCCGAUUUUCAAUAUAA